AAACAAGUCUGGACGUUUGGCGUAAACCGACGUCGAUUCAUCCAGUGGAUUGCCAAACCGGCGUGAUAAAAAUUAAAUCGCGGCACUCGGUCCGACAAAUAAACAGAGGGAGGGUGAAGAAGAAGAAGAUGGAGAGCCUGUGGCGGGCAAUGACGGGUCAGGACCCGGACCCGAGUGACUACCAGGGAAUCGAGUUCUGGGCCAACCCGGAGCGAGUCGGGUGGCUGACCAAGCAAGGCGACUACAUCAAGACGUGGAGGCGCCGCUGGUUCGUCUUGAAACAGGGUAAAAUGUUCUGGUUCAAGGACUCCCAUGACGUCACCCGCGAGUCCACGCCGCGAGGCGUCAUCUCAGUUGGAACCUGCCUCACCGUCAAGGGCGCCGAGGAUGUUCUUAACAAACCCUGCGCCUUCGAAUUGUCCACCGGCGAUUAUACGAUGUACUUCAUCGCCGACUCCGAGAAGGAGAAGGAGGAGUGGAUCAACUCUAUUGGUCGGUCAAUCGUGCAGCACUCCCUGUCGGUGACUGAAUCCGAGGUCGUUGAUUACGAUCACAGGCGGUGAUUGUAGAAAGAUCCUUCGCAUUUUAUUUUAUUUUAUUUCGGUUUUGUACAAAACGAUGGUAAAUCUGAAACUAAUCAAGGCAUAGCAUCACAGAAGAAUAAAACUGAAAUUACAUUGACAGGGUGUUAAUGGAUAGUGUGACAUAGGUUCGUCGCUCUAGAUAGCAGAAUUAAGCACCAUUGUUGUUCUCUUCGGUGGCUGAUACGGACUGAUGGUUGUUCUUGUCAUGAGCUUAGAAUUGGCUGCCAUAGUUGCAAGCAUCAGAAUUUCCAUCUUCUUGCGUGGUUGUUGAAUUCAAUAUCUAGGGUGGUUUUUCUUGACAGAAUGUAUUUCCUUGGCUGCGCCAUUGUUGUUGUCUCUUUUCUCUGGGGGUGAUUCAACAGAGCAGGAGAGUCCGAUUCUCAGCACCAAGGAUUCUCUCAUUUGUUUUCUUCUGUUUUAUGCCUUGCUUGAAUAUCCGGAUGAAGCGGCAAUAUCCUCUAUUUGCAUUACCGUCGUGUAUGGGCAGGGGAUAAGCAAUUUGAAGAACAUGAUAAGGCAGCAUAAAUCUCUGUGAAGUCAUGGAGGGUCAGGCUAACCUUUAACACCUUGUAAUGAGUCGCCUUGUUCUAAACAUUUCUUGAAGCAUUAUUGACCAUAUCUAUGGUUUUGGUUGCCUCACUUCCCACGCUAUGUCAUGCUCAGUGAUUCAAUUGAGCAAGCAAGGCCAAUUCUCAAGACCAAAAUCGAGCACUCUUCCAUUUUAUUUAUGUUCAUGCAUGCUUCUCUAAAACUUGUGCUGAUAGAAGCUAUGGAACCAUGUAAAAGCAGUGGAUCUACAAUUUGAGUCUCUUGUUCGGGCAAUGCCAACUCUGUGUAAGCAUGAAAUGUGGAAUCAUCUUUGAAAGUGUUAUCAGUUGGUCUCUUCCUUGUGACCAUUUCCAACAAGAGUAUCCUGUAGCAAUAUCCUUUACUGGACAUGGUCACCUCACUCCCUGUGCCAUACCCUGCAAUGUCAAAUCACAACUUGAAGGUAUUAGUAUGUAUAUAGGUCAUCAUCCACAUUAUUUGAUAUAUGAAUUAAACAAUAACUUGCAUAUAGUUUAAGUUUUCUUGUUGCUCUUAUCUGUUUAUUGUUGUUUUGAGCAGUAUCUAUAUUGAGGAAAAGUAAAAUGCUGACAUCAAUUUGGCAGACUAUGUUUUGGCAAUUAAAGAUGAAGAAGCUUAACUUAAGGAGAAAUGGUGAAAGUUUGAAAGAUUGGCAAUUAAAGAUGAAGAAGCUUAACUUAAGGAGAAAGGGUGAAAGUUUGAAAGAUUUACCUGCUGCAGCAUAACCAAUUGUUGCCUUUAAACCUACAGCGCUCAUCUGAUUUACAUGAAAAUUAUCAGUAGCUUUUGGGAGAAUCCUAGCCAAUCCAAAAAAUAUCCUACAUCUGCAACCGUGUCAUCAGCAAGAAGGAUAUAGCUAGGUUUCAGAUCACAGUGGAUGAUAGGCUCAUGGCAAUGGUGCUGAGAUAAUUGAGGGCAGAAGCCACAUAGAUAGUGAUGUUUAUUUGAAGAAAGUCCAAGCUCCUUGGUUCUCUAGAUUCCCCAUUUUGUUCUGGGAAAUGUGCAACAACUUGUCCAAGUUUCCCUUGGUACAAACUCAUGAACAAAAGCUUUGAAAAGGUUGCUUUGGAAAUCAACACUGGAGCAAGCAGUAGUAAGCUUGACAAGAUUAUGGUGCCACUCUCUGUAAUGAAGCUCCUGGAAGCUCUUCUGUUCAAGAAUCAACACCUUCACUGCUGUGAUUUCUUUGUCUCGCUUCUGGUUGAGGUUUCCAUUAUACACACAUCCAAAGCUUCUUUCUCCAUUUUAAAUUAGCUGACAAGAACCCAUUUAUUGCCUUGAGGAAUUGACAAUAUGUGGUUGGAAAUGAAUUUCCCAAGGAGGAUUCUGCUGGUGGCUCUUUUUUGGCAUGUCUACAUUUAAACCGACAAAACAUUAUGGAAGAAACUGGGUGACCUGGAAAGUUUUCGUGUUGCACCCGUCUUUUUAAAAGGUUAUUUAAAAAAAAAA